CAUGGAGGCAAGGUAAGGGUAGUGCAUCAAUCUUUCCUUUCAUUCUGCAUUCGCUGCUGCUCGUGUCUUGUUGUUCCAAGUGUGCAGAAAGAGCUAGGCAGAUCGGUUCAAGACGGUGGUGGUUGCGAUCGUUCGCAUACCUCGCUGGACUGGCACCUUCUCAAGUACACCCAGCCCAAGCAGUCUAUCACUAGUGGUCGCGUUGCUUUGUCACGCAAUUCCGUCUCGUCCCUCGCCCGGCCUUACGUUGCCAUCUGUACAUCGUAUGCUUCAGCGCUGAGCAUCAUCGAUCAUACGGACUCGCGCCGGCUCUGCGCAAUAAGACUUGCGUGGACGGCGCAUCUCAAACUCCGCCUCCUCGAAUCUGAGAUCCUCCUGCACCAUGAAUACCUACUCUUCAAUACCCGGCGAUCGUUCAACGCAGCGAUCCUACUCAAUCGCCAAAUUUCCGUCAUGGUGGCCGUCGGUACCAACCUUCCUAUCACAUCGAGUCCGACGACGGUUACGCUCCGCACGGUCGAAGAUACGUGCCCGACAAUCACCUACCUCGAACAUCGCAUCGCUCAGCACCUCCUUCAACCCCGCCGAUACCAUCCGGGAUCUCCGAUCGCACAAUUGGACUGCCUAUGAUGCACAAUAUCUCUUUCUGGCGGUAUUGGGAAUCUUUAGCCUUUCGGUGAUACAGACGCCUGGGCCCUUGAUCAAGACGAUGGUGGCAGGGCUGUUAAUGACGAGCCUCAUAAUACCGAUAACGAGGCAGUUCUUCUUGCCAUUUCUGCCGAUCGCAAGCUGGCUCAUAUUCUUCUACGCAUGUCAAUUUGUCCCAGCCAUCUACAGGCCAGGCAUAUGGGUGCGAGUGUUACCGGCUUUGGAGAACAUCCUGUACGGCGCGAACCUCAGCAACAUCUUGUCGGCGCACAAGAAUACGGUGUUGAACGUGCUGGCAUGGAUACCCUACGGCUUGACGCACUUCGGCGCGCCGUUCGUGUGCUCGCUCGCCAUGUUCAUCUGCGCACCUCCGGGAACCGUGCCGGUCUUCGCCCGGUCAUUUGGGUAUAUGAACAUUACCGGCGUACUUAUACAAAUGUUCUUCCCGUGCUCCCCGCCUUGGUACGAGAACAUGUACGGUCUGGCUCCCGCUAACUACUCAAUGCCUGGAUCACCGGCAGGUCUUGCAGCGAUCGAUAAGAUACUCGGGUUCGAUCUCUACACCUCGACGUUCACCGCUUCACCACUCGUAUUUGGCGCCUUUCCGUCCCUACACUCUGGCUCUGCAACGAUCGAGGCGCUAUUCAUGUGCCACACAUUCCCACGCUUGCGACCAUUGUUCAUCGCGUACGCUUUAUGGCUGUGGUGGUCUACCAUGUAUCUUAGCCAUCACUAUGCCAUCGACCUGGUCGCGGGCAGCUUAAUCGCGGCGGUGGUAUACUUCAUCGCCGAGGCGAAGUUCCUGCCUCGCUUACAGCCCGGGAAGAACCUGCGAUGGGCGUACGACUACGUUGAAUACGGCGAAGCUGCGGAGAAGGAGGAAGUGUUCGACCUUACCGACUUCGAGAGUCUUAUCCCGCAUUCGCACAGCGAGAGCGAUGACUGGACGAUCGGCUCCAGCUCUGGGCGGUCUAGCAGCAGCUCGGACCCUAAGGCUGGCAUGCGGUCUCCUAGUAGCGAUUCGUGGGAUGAUGAGACUCUGGCCGGCCUGAGUGAUCAUGAAGACCUGUAUCGAAAGGUCUAGGAGCGAAGACUGGCCUUCAUGGACAUUGAUCUACAGAUUCCGUUGGGAUUCGGGCAUAUAUGGCCAUAUAAUCAGCGGGUGUUGAGAGACGGUUUCCCUUGAUGGUACGCGGAUUCGAUUCGGCGAGACGGUGGGCAGUUUUGGUGGUUGGUAUACUCAUGCAUUUCCAAGCCGUGCAUGCGA